AGGUUAGAAAUAUAUCGAAUUAUUGAGAGUUACGAUCUGCGCGCCACCUAGCGGUGUAAAGAUUCAUAAAUGCGGAGACAUUUUUUUAAAAGUAUAAUAGAUAAUUUCAAUAAAUGAGCAUGAAAAAAAUCGCUGUAUAACACAUUAUAUUUGAAUUUUUACGAAAAUUGAGACAACCUACAAAAAACAUGUCAUUUUUAACGUAUACACAGUGAAUUUAUACAUUUAAAAGGUGCUUUUCUUAAAGCUAUGAACUCUGAAUGUUUUAAGAAAAAGAUCGACAAUGUAGGCAUACAAAAUGUAGAAGAUAUAAAAAAAUGCGACGAAUAUAGGAUUCACACACAAUGGAAACAAGAAUGGGUUUCACCUAAACGAUUAAAUAGUACAAAUCCAAUAAAAAUACGCGAAGUAGUACGCGGUCCAUUUUAUUCACCGAAAUUGUUAAAAAUUUCACCUUUCGUUAGUUGUUCCUUCGGUGAGUACAACAACGAUGCAACGAAAUAUAUGAAAAAAACUUACGGAGGUAUACCAGAUCCUUGGACAGAAUGUUUAGCAAUAAAAGGAUAUUGUAAAAACGAUAAAUAUAAUCAAUCAAUCAAAAAUGCUUGCGUAUCGCGUUGCAUGAGAUUUUGGAUAACAAAAACAGUUUGGACAAAAAUGGGUCUGCCUUUGGUUCAAGGUAUUCCAGACCCUGAUAGGGAUUUCCCUAAUAUUCUAGAACCUUACUCAAAAUGUCCAUUAAAGCAACCAAAAUGUCACAAUUUGCAAGCCAUACCACGUUCCAAAUCUUUAUCCAAUUGUUUGGAAAAAAAUAUUGGUCCAGAAAAUGUGAUCUCCUCUAGUGACCCGCCAUUUUCAAAUUUGAUUGUUGCAAAUAAAGAAAAAACUAUAAAAAGUGAGAAAUCUUCACCGAAACAAUCCAAAGAGCUCGAUGAAAAUGCCCUUAUUAUAAAGAAUCAUGAAAAGCAUUUGAAAAAUAAUUCAAUGGAGAGGAAAACAGGUGGUAGUAUUUACGCAGAUUCCAAAGACAAGUUAUUAUCAAGCAAAGACGAUAAAAAAGAGGAUAAUUUGGCCAAUAAAACCAAGGACGCAAAGUCUAAUCAAGUAUACUUUCACUCGUCCAUGAAUGUUAGCACACAAACUUCCCUAGAUAGGUUUAAUCGUGUAUCAUGUAAAAAUUCUUCUUUUCAAACUUUAUUGAAAAUUGCUCGUAAAUCUAUAUUGGGACGAAAAACAUAUAAAUCCCUUAAGGAAAGAUGGGAUCGUACAAGGGGCCCAAAUAUUUUGUUCCAACGUGAAAAUCAAUAUUUUUCAAAUCACUUUACAUCCUGUCAUUGUAAAGAAGCCAUGAAAAAUGAUAUUUCUAUUAAAAUGAAAAAAGAACUAACUGAUAAAUUAUCAACCAAUCGCGUUGUUGACAAUUACUGUGCACAUUGCAAAGCCCAUUUUUUAAAAAAACAGACAACUAGAUAUCCUCGUCACGAAUCUGUACGUGAACGUCGUAGAAGAAAAAUGCAAGAAAGUACAAAAAUUGCGAACCAUUCGUCGUCCCAAUAUUUUAAAGAAAAAUAUCAAAAACCUGUUCGAGAAAAUGUUAUGAUUCAAACGGAAUUAACGAUGCAGGGAACAAAUGAAAAAGAAUUGAGGCUAAUAUGUUCUCGUUGUAAUUAUCCUUAUUUCAAGGUAGAAACGGAAAAUAGAAUAAAUACAUCAACGCAAUGUUUAGAUGGUCGUAAAGACUAUGCGUUUAUUAAUAACACGUACGAGAUGAAUCAUUGUUUUCAAGGUAAAUACAAUGAUGAAAAUCAAUCAACGAUACCAGCCUCGAGAUCAAUUUCGAAACAAGACGAUUUCAAUUUCCAACUUUUGAUUUCAAAUUACGACAAAGAUACGUCUUCGAAAGCAAAUUAUUCGAAAGUAAAAGAUAAAUCCGAAGAAGAAAUAUUAAACGAUACUGUUUCUUCUACGAUUAAAAAGGAAUAUAAUAAAAAUGAACAAACUAAGGAUUUAGUCGAUAACACGAAAUUAUCAGAAGGACUGAUAUCUAAGACUAAUUUAGAAACGAAGUCAAUGAUUCAGUCUAAACAUGAAUUUACAGUAAAGCCUAAAUCUAAAGCAAAGUCCAAGGUACAGUUAAAAUCUAAAGUCAAGUCUACAUAUAAUAAAUCUAAACCCAACGUAAAUUCCAAAUCCAACGAUAAGUCACAAUUUGGUACUCAAUCUAAAUCUAAUUAUAAUUCUAAGUCAAGAUCUAGAUCUACAGUCAAAUCUGGAUCCAACAAUAAAUCUAGAUCGAAAUCUCGAUCAAAAGUUAAAUUGAAACCUAGAACUACAUAUAAGCCUAAUUCAAAAUCUAAAUACAUACAAACAGAAUGCAAAAAACCUUUGUUAAAAAAUUUGAAAAAUAUUUCUAAUAAUAUUCAAGAGGAAGAAAAUGAAGAUGAAAACGAUCGUAGUUCUGUUAUUGAAAGAUCAAACAAUUGUUAUCUAAAAGAAUGUACAAAGUGUACAGAUUGUAAUUCGAUUUCUAAUCAUUCGAUUAAUAUUGAAGAAAGUCAAUUUAUGAAAUCAUCGGGUUUACAUGAGAAUUCUCAAAUAAAUGAAAAGAUAGAAAAUAAAGAUGCUACUUCCAGUACAGUCGAUUUUAUUUUCGAUCCUGGUCCCUGCAUAAAUCGAAAUUAUGCUAUCGAACGACGAACUUAUGACGAUAUAGUCGAUUCGAGCGAUUCGAUAUAUUCCUCGAUGACAAAUUUUGACAAAGACAAUCGGAUUGAAAGUCGAAACAUAUCUUUCAAGACAAAUUGUUGGUUUAGUAAAAGCGAUAAUUAUAUGAACUCGAAUCACGAAGAAGAAAAACCGAUGACUAAUUUAUAAACGAUG